AGUCCUCCGUUCCCUGAUCACACCCUCCCCCCCUUUCCCUGACCGCGACCGCCGCUCGAGAGGCGACACGCCGUGAUCUCUCUCUCCGGCGCCGCCGCCGCAGCAGCAGCAGCAGCAGCAGCGCAGGGUUUUGCGCUGCGUCAAUGGAGAACGGCGGGGUGGACGGUGAGAGGCGCCUGGCCGAGGCGGAGGAUCGGGGUGGCGAGAACGACGGCCCGGGCGGAGUCGCCGAGGAGGAGGAGGAGGCAGCGGGGGAUGUGAAGCUGGCGGCCGAUGCGGCGGGGGCGGGGGCGCAGGGGGAAGGUGGCGGUGAGGCUGUGGAGGUGGUAGAUGGGGACGCGGUGGAGACGCCGGUCAGUGUGAAGCAGACGCCAGGCGCCGCGGCUGCGGCGGCGUGGCGGGAGGCGGCGUGGGAGGAGGGUGAUGGUGAUGAGUUUGUGGAUGUCCUAGAAGGGGACGUCGAUGAGAAGCGUGAAUCGGGGGCGUAUGGAUCGGUCUCGGGGAAUGGGGAGGAUUCGGUGGCCGGUGCGGCUUCCCGUUCUCUUGCCGUCGAGGGUGAUGAAGAAGGGUAUGGUUCUUGUGCCGAUGUUGGCAUCGAGGAAGAUAUUGGAGGUGAUUCGAAUAGGGAGCGCUUGGAGGAGGAAGCCAUGGCGGAAUCAAUCAGGGAGUAUGUGACAGAAGCUGUUUUGGCGGACCAUGCUGCUGGCCGUGAGCUUUCCGCACAAUCGAGGAGUGAAUCUGGACAUGUGAGAGAAUCUGUCUUGGUUGAUCAGCACAAAUCGCAGGCUGAGAAGAGCAGGGAAGAGGUUGCUGCUCAUAGUAGCAGACCUGUGGUAUCGAAACAAUCUGAAGGUGAGCCGGCUGUUGUUGUUGAGGAAUUGGGUGAGUCAAGCUCGUCUGAUGAUGAGCGUAAAGCUACCUCUGCUCCUCCUACACGAUCCAAAAGCGGUGCUGCAGGUCGUUCUAAUGGACCUUCUUUGCCAUCUCGUCCUGCUGGCCUUGGAUCAUCGAGUUCCUUGUCGCAGCCCUCUGCUCGACCUGUUCAGCAGGCCCGCGCUAAUGGUCCGGCUGCUGUAGACAGAGAAACCCAGCAGGAUAUUGAGUCUUCUGGGGAUGGAGAUGAGAAUGAUGAAAUCCGUGAGAAGCUUCAGAUGAUCCGGGUUAAGUUUUUGCGUCUUGCUAACCGGUUUGGGCAAUCUCCUCAUAAUAUGGUGGUUUCUCAGGUUCUUUACCGGCUCGGGCUGGCAGAACAGCUUCGAAGAAAUACAGGUCAGGGUGUUUUUAGCUUUGACCAAGCACAAGAUAUGGCAGAGCGUCUUGAAGCUGCUGGAGGGCCCCUUGAUUUUUCUUGCACCAUCUUGGUUCUUGGUAAAACUGGGGUUGGUAAGAGUGCUACCAUAAAUUCGAUUUUUGAUGAUGCACGGUUGGAAACAAAUGCUUUUGAUACCAGCACUCGGAAGGUUCAGGAAGUAGUUGGUGCAGUUGAGGGAAUCAAAGUAAAAGUGAUCGAUACGCCAGGUCUUUCAUGCUCAUCUUCAGACCAGCACUACAACCAGAAGGUUCUCAACUCUGUCAAGCGGCUUAUCAGCAGAAACCCUCCUGAUAUUGUUCUUUAUUUUGACAGACUGGAUAUGCAGACCAGGGACUAUGGUGAUGUGCCUCUUCUGCAAACCAUUACUAGAGUGUUUGGAGCAUCAAUCUGGUUCAAUGCCAUAGUUGUGUUAACUCAUGCUGCAUCUGCACCACCUGACGGUCCGAAUGGAAUUCCCUUGAGCUAUGAGAUGUUUGUAACCCAGAGGUCUCAUGUAGUCCAGCAAGCCAUAAGACAAGCUGCUGGUGAUGUCCGUCUUAUGAAUCCGGUCUCCCUGGUUGAAAACCACUCAGCAUGCAGGACCAAUAGGGCAGGGCAGAGGGUGUUGCCAAAUGGACAUGUCUGGAAACCACAAUUGCUAUUGCUUUGUUUUGCCUCAAAGGUUUUAGCAGAGGCCAACGUGCUUCUCAAGCUGCAGGAUAAUCCUGCUGGUAAACCUCGUAUGAGGAUUCCUCCACUUCCUUUCCUACUAUCUUCACUUCUUCAGUCUCGAGCCCCGCUGAAGUUACCAGAGGAGCAGUUUGGUGAUGAUGAUGAUAUUGAAGAAGAUUUGGCAGAUGAUUCUGAUUCCGAUGAUGGUUCAGACUAUGAUGACUUGCCUCCUUUUAAACGCCUCACAAAAGCUCAGCUUGCAAAGCUGAAUCAUGCUCAGAGGAAGGCAUAUCUUGAGGAGCUAGAUUACAGGGAGAAGUUAUUCUACAAAAAACAGCUAAAAGAGGAAAGGAUGCGUCGUAAAAUAAUGAAGAAAAUGGCAGCAGAGGCCAGUGCCAGAACAGAUAAUUCCAGUAACAAUAGUCUUGAUGAUGAUGGCAAUGCUCCAACAAAUGUUGCGGUGCCUAUGCCUGAUAUGGUAUUGCCUUCAUCAUUUGAUUCUGACCAUCCUAGCCACCGUUAUCGUUUUCUGGAUACACCAAGUGAAUGGCUUGUUAGGCCAGUGCUGGAGACCCAGGGAUGGGAUCAUGAUGUUGGUUAUGAAGGUGUAAAUGCUGAAAGAUUGUUUGCUGUCAAAGGUAAAGUUCCUUUAUCAGUGUCUGGUCAACUUACUAAAGACAAGAAGGAUUGCUCCCUCCAAAUGGAGGUUGCAAGUACACUUAAGCAUGGUGAGAGUAGAACUACUUCACUGGGGCUUGAUCUGCAGUCUGUUGGCAAGGAUAUGGCUUACACUGUUCGUGGUGAAUCGAGAUUUAAGAACUUCCGGCGCAAUAACACAGCUGCUGGGAUAUCUGCCACACUCCUCGGAGAUUCUGUAUCAGCAGGUGUGAAGGUUGAAGACAAACUUAUAGUGAAUAAGCAGCUCAGGGUUCUAGUUAGCGGUGGUGCUAUGAGUGGGAGGGGAGAUGUGGCUUACGGAGGGCGCCUGGAAGCAACAUUGAAAGACAAAGAUUAUCCAAUUGGUCGCAUGCUUUCUACUAUAGCGCUGUCUGUUGUGGAUUGGCAUGGGGAUCUUGCAGUUGGCUGCAACAUCCAGUCUCAGAUUCCUGCUGGAAGAGCUAGCAAUUUGAUUGGUCAUGCAAAUCUAAGCAACAAGGGAACUGGUCAGGUUGGCAUUCGUCUGAACAGCUCGGAGCAUCUUGAGAUCGCCCUUAUUGCCCUCGUGCCUAUAUAUCACAACAUCAAAAAGUUAUUGCAGAGUUACUCCGUAUGAACCUAGCGUUUAUGUAGGUGAGAAAAGAUAAGAUUAUCCUUAGGGUUAAUGCAAGCAUAAAUUAGAACUAUCUAUUUAUUUUCUUCUUUCAUUUUCUACCUGUAACAAUGUUUUCUCCCAAAGUUAAUUUUUGAUAAAGUUGGAUUGCAGAAUA